UAUCUGCUAUGGCUCUGUCUAUGACCAGUGGCAGAGGAGAGCCGUUUCAAUUAAAUGAGAGCUGUUACGGGAAUCCUCCUGUGCUAGGAAUUGUGGGAGAUACUUCCUCAACCCGUACUAUAGCUGUUUCUAGCAUAGUAAGCUUGUACAGGCUACCAAUGGUGAGUUAUUAUGCCACAUGUUCCUGUCUGAGUGACAGGAAACGGUUCCCAUCUUUCUUUAGAACUAUUCCGAGUGAUGCAUUUCAGGUGCGAGCUAUGCUCCAAAUUCUCAGACGGUUUAACUGGACUUGGUUUGGACUAUUGGUCAUUGAUGAAGACUAUGGACGCCAUGCUGCCCGUUUAUUCCAGUCAGACCUGGCCCAGUCUGGUGGAAGCUGCCUGGCUUAUCUAGAGGUUCUGCCCCAGGGAAACGAUAUGGCUGAGAUUCAGAGGAUCGUUGGCAUAAUGAAGAAAUCCACAUCCCGUGUGGUUAUUGUUUUUGCACAUCCAAGCAACAUGCUUGAUCUAAUGGAAGAGGUGGUAAAGCAGAAUGUAACAGGCCUACAGUGGAUGGCGAGUGAAGCCUGGAUUGAAGACAAAGUGCUCCGUACCCCCAGCUACAUGCCUUUCCUUGCAGGCACUCUGGGCAUUGCUAUCCGUCGGGGGGAAAUACCAGGACUCAGGGACUUCCUACUGAGAAUACGCCCUGACAAUGACACACUCAGCAGCCAGGACCAUAAUUUAGUGCGGAUUUCACCUAACCUUUUAUGUCUUGUAGGAACAAUUUUCAAUAUAUAUGUUAUCUCAAUGCUACUAAUGUUUUCUUAUGACCCCUUCCUAUUUAUCAAUUCCCCUUCAUUAGGUGAGGCAGUUUUGGGAGCACGUAUUUCAGUGCAAGUUUGUAAUCCCUGGUAUGGAGUUUGAAGGGCAGACUCUAGAAAGACUAUGUACAGGGAAUGAAAGUCUAAGGAAUAUAGAGACUGAAUUCCUGGAUCUGUCUA